AAUUGUGCCGGUUCUUCAGACACGCCAUAGAAAUGGACGAGUGCAUGUAAAACAGCAUUUUUUUACGAAUCGUUGAGUGACAACAUUAUAUCUUUAGAGAGUUAUCAACCAAAAGGUUGAAAGGGUUUUUUAAAUAUGAAAAAAUUACCGAAAUUUUAUGAUCCCGGCUGGAAAAAGACGGAGCCGCAAAUCGAAAACUGCAGAUUGGAUUUUACUGUAUUGGACAACACUACGGUUUCGUGUUUCUCAACUGGAGGUGAGAAGAGACUCUGCAUGCCCGAACUUUUAACUAAAGUUUUUAAAAACUACUUUGAAAUGGAGCAAGUAGUAAAAGCCUGUGAAAGUUUGAAUAUAAUUUUAACCGACUGCACUGAUUCGCAAUUGGAAAAUUUAAUUGAAAAGAAAAUUUUAAGCGUACGACCAAAGCUUUGUGGACUGAUAAAGAAAACUGAUGCUGAAAGACUAUGUAGCUAUUUAUUACAUUCUGAUGCUGAGAAGGCGGAAUCAUCGCAUUCGGAUUCCCCAUUUGCUUUUCAAGUAUACCACGAAUGUUUUGGUAAAUGUAAAGGGAUUCUGAAUCCACUACUAUAUAACACACAAACGUCCCCAUGCAUUAAAUGUACCGAAUGCAAUUUAUUGUUUUCCCCUCAAAAGUUUGUCAGUCAUUCUCAUAAGCCAAACGAGAGUAAAACGUGCCAUUGGGGUUUCGAAUCGGAUAAUUGGAGGUACUAUCUGAUGUUAGCGAACAAACAAAUGGGCAGGAGAGAUCGGCUGGAAAGAGCUUUGGAAGAUGUUAAAGCCAAAUUUGAUCCUAAUACUACAGUAAAGAGAAAGACCGUGGAUCCGGAAGAGGCCUAUUCGAAAAAGUUUCGAGUUGAAACCCCUCAAGUUUGGACGCCUACCCAGCAGGCAAAAAAUAAAAAAAAUGUACACAUUGUCUAUACCUACAAGAAGCCACCACCUCUGGUAAAUCCAGACAGGGUCAUACCCUUUACAUGCGAAGAGCAACAUGUCGCACCCAAUGUCGAAUUGGCCCCUCAGAGAAGGGUCUCACCCUCCACUUACGAAUUUACUUCAUCCGAUUCGGGUAGUGACCUUUCACCGUCUUCUCCCGAUGAAAAUACCGUAGUUGAUGCUCGAAGGUAUCAACGAUGUAAAUUUGACAAGCCAGCUGGAAUAUCAAUUCGACAAACCCCUACUCCACCAUCCGAUUCGGACGAAGGACCAGUGGAUAUACUUGAUAAACUGUUAUUAAUGGCUCAAUAUAGCGGACAAAAUAAUAAUAAUAAACAUAGCGACUUUAUGAAGAUGGAAGCAAAAUUGAAAACAGCUAAAGAUAAAGUAGAGAAGGAAUUAAACGACUGUAAAGAAGCUAAAAAGAAUGCCGAACAAUGUUGUCAUCAAAUGAAGAGUCAAAUGAAGGCAAUGAUGACUAGAAAUGCUAACGAAAUUUCAAACGUUAAAGCGAAGUACAAGGGUCAAGCAGAGCACUUCAGAAAGAGAGCAGUUGUAGCCGAGCAGCAAAAUAUUCAACUACAAACUGAAUUAGCUCGCGCUCGUGAACAAAUAGGAAAAUACAGUUAAGAAACGAAACCACCAGCACUUAUAGACAUUGGAGCAUCUUAUAUAUGUAACCUCAAACAAUUCCAUAUUAUAUUGAGACAGAAUAGUUCUCAUAUCGCAUCUGAAAAAAGAAAGGGGAAGGGGGAGAAACAGAAAAGAAAUGUUUCCCCCCUAAUAUAUAUAUAUAAUAUAUAUAUAUAUAUAUAUAUA